AGACGCGUCUGGUCGCGAAGCGAGCGAAACGAGCCAAGCGAACAAAUCGCUUUUUCGUCCGAAGUCGAAAUAUUUCAACUUCGCUUCGUUUCUGGUGUGAACGCAGCGAAUAUACAAUCAAUAAUACAUAAAUAUUGAUGAUGUACAGAUCUAACGUUACAUUUGUGUGAGUGUGUGGUUCGGUUUCUCUCAAAUAUACUGAUAAUUGAAUAUGAACAUUAUCAAAGUGAUUUCGGGGGAUAUACGAAACAUUGGAUUUCUAAACCUUAUCAAUAAGAAGAAACAGCGGCAAAUAAAACACGUGUUACAGAAGUACAUGUAUUAAGUUAUGAGACAAAUGUCAGAAAUGGAUAGUUUUGAUGGUUUUAUUGUGGAAAAUGAAUAAACGUGCUGCAUUACGCGAUUCACCCUGUUGGUGGCGCUAAAGCAGCGUGUUGCUAAUGCUGCAUUUACGUGCUGCUCGAAAAAAUGACUCAUUCAAAAUUCAAGCUAUUUGUUGUGUUUUCAGCUGAUACUUACUGAGGUAGCGUGUUUAUUGUGUAUUUUUCAUCACAGUGACGUCACAGAAGUGGGAUAAAAUAACAAAGACGAAUACAUUCAUGCAUUUUCUUUUUUCAUUGGAUUAUAAUUAUAUCUAAAAAUUUCAGAAAGUCAGAAAUCGGUGUAACUAAAUAAUAGUUACUCCUAAUUGAUUAUUUAUCAUUUUUAAAGCAACAUCAUGAAAAUAAAAUAGCGUGACGUUAAGGGCUCUAUGCAAACAAGAUAAUAACUCGUGCAAACAAGAUAUUGACUUUGUACUCAUCUCAUAAUGAAUUUACUAACAUCCCAUGAAACUCUUUUCUAUUCAUAAACCUACAAUCAACCACUUACUUUCUGAUGCAGUGCUCAGACGUCCCACGGGCCCUGAAGCCGUCUCGGCCGCCUGCUGCUCGCUCGGCGCUCGUCAGGAGGUGGAGAGCGUGCUGAGGAGCCUCCUGUCAACAAUGCGGCUCCUCCUGGAUGCAGAAGAUGACUGCGUGGAUUCAUGAGCAGAGACUGCAGGGAAACACGCCGAUGACCUGUUCUUCAUGGACGACCUCCAGGAUCCUUUCCUCGUGUGCGUUCACCUCAUCGUUGACCCCGGCCAGGGGAAGCUCCUGCAGCGAGCGGCCGAUGGCGUUCUGGCGUGGGUCCACCCCGAGCUGCAGCUCCUCCGGGUUUCGGAGCGGGCCUCCUUCUCGGGGCCCAAGAGCCGUCAGAACGCCGGUCAGCCGGCCCUGGCGGUCAUCGUCUUCCUGCGGGACGGGAACGGUGGCGAGGAGCCGGCCCUGAUGCUGCACCGCGUCCUGCGAAGGCCGCCCUGGAGCUACCACCACACGGAGAAGGUCAGCAACGCCCACCCAAUGCUGCCGCUGUCGCCCUGCAGUCAGGACUUCUUCACGCUGUCCAGUGGCACGCCGCUGUGGGCCGUGCGGCAGAUCAACUACGGGAAGGAGGUGGUGCGGUUCACCGUGUACUGCCGCCAGGAGAACUACGUCCACAUGGUGCGCCUCUACAAGCUGCUGCUGCAGCGCGGGCCCACGCAGAGGAAGGAGGACUUCUGCUUCUUCGUUGUGUACUCCAACCAUGAGAUGGAGGUCCAGUUGUCUUUCAAGAGGCUCCCGAGGGGCCAGAGGCCCGUAGCCCUGGAGGCGGCGGUGAUGGAGGUCAGGGUGCCGGAUGUUGGGGCGCUGGUGGCCCUUCUUCCUCGGCCCUGCUGCCCCAUCAGUGACGCCCGCUGGCAGACGGAGGACUAUGAUGGAAACAAGAUCCUGCUGCAGGUCCGAGGGUCUCGUCCCGUCUCUGGCUCGGCCUCUGCUCCCUCCACCUUCCUCCGGAGCUCCGCCUCCGAUAGGAACUGCCGGCACCACCAUCGGUCCACGUCCUGGCACCGACUCCAGCACCCUGUGGUCCCCAAGGACCAGCAGGAGCAACAGGACCAGGGGUCCACUGGGAGGCCCGAUGGUAGGGGCCACAGGUCGGGCUCCGUCUCCACCCACUCCUCCCCCGGCCCCCUCCACCGGAGCCCCUCCCUCGUCCCGCCCUUCCGUCUCAACCUGGACGCCCUGAUUUGGGCCCAAGAGACGGACGUGGACACGGGGGACGUGGUGAGCCCAGUGGGCGUGUACCUCAGCGUGUUCUCCGCCCGUGUCAAACCCGCCCCCCCUCCAGGAGACAUCAGAGCCUUCCCUCUGUGGGGGCGCAUCCCAAACCGCCCGGCCUGCACCUCGUUGGGGGGGGGCUCCACCCCCUCUCUGAGCGACGGCUCCUCCCACCAGUCGGACUGUUGCAGCGUCAUCAGCGUGCGGGUGGAGGAGGAGGAGGAGGUGGAGGAGGAGGAGGAGGAGGAGGAGUUCUACAUCUGAUGCUCCCUCUCUGUUUGUGCUUCAUGUGUCGUAGGUCAAGGUUCAAACCUCCUUCUGAAUGUAAUGAACUUUAUUGACACAAAGAACACGUUAAAGAAGAUUUCUUUCAUAUUUCUCUACUAAAACACGAUUGAAGUCUGUUAAGAGUUUAUAUACGACGUAUUUUCAUCAUGUGUAGGAAAUUAUUGGAUCCAAUCCAAAGAGGCAGAACCAAAAUAAAAGACUUCAGCGCUGCGGGAGGAGAGCGGCAGCAGGAGGCGGAGCUUUGGUUAGCGGUUAGCUGUAGCAGUUAGCAUCUAGCCAAUCAAACCAGAGUUUAAUAAUAAUAAGUUAUACAACCAGUUGAACAAAGCUGAAAAAUGAACAUUCAACUGGGAAAUAAAUAAAGAUAAUUUGCGUUACCUGCAGGUGAAAAGGA